ACCCUUUUGCAUACUAGUAAUAGUAGUAGUAAAAGAGCAACAGAAAUAGUAUACUAGUAACAGUAGUGGUAGAAUAUAGCUUAGUAGUAGAAGUAAUAGUAUAGUGUAUAGUAAUAGCAAUAGUAGUAGAAUAUAGUAUAGAGAAAAGUUUGUUUAGUCAAUAGAGUGUAGGUUAAGAUAAUAGUUAUAGGAAGGACUCACACAUGUUGUAUAUAUCACUUUUAUAUCUUGGAUAGUGUUGUAUACAAAAAACCUCCCUAACCCUUAUAGGGAGACAUAAAACCCCAAGUGUCUAGGGUUCAGUGGUUUUUGGUGCUUUUGAGUCUGUGUAAGUCAAAAUUGGGUACUGUUUGGAAAAAGGAAAAAGAACCCAUGAUAGCAAGCCCAGAUUAGCUGCCAGGAAGUGGCACCCUAAGCGAAUCACGUAAUCGGCACCAUCGCCCUUUGAAAAAUGUUUUUUUCCUUGAAAUAUGUUGCCCUAAUUUACCUGUAUGGAUGGGCCUCUAGAGAAGUUAAAGAAGAAAAGGCAGUAUGUGAAGUGGCUUAUAGAUGUAGUGCGAGAAAUAAUAAUUUGCAAAGAUGGAAUGUUAUGGGGAAGUCCAGUGAAUGUUCUUUGUGUAAACUAGAGAAUCCAACAUAAAAAGGUUACGGCGUUUGGCCUGUUAGGAAAACAUAAUGAAUCGCCUGCUUGAAAAGUUCUUCAUUUUUCUCCUGCUUGGUGCACUGCUUGGAUUAUUUUUUUCCAUUUAUUGGAACACGGAAAUAACAGAUCAUGAAGAAGAUUGGUUGAAAACGCAAAAGGACCGUAAAGACAGCUUGCAUUCCAUCUGCCAGAACAAGAAUUUCUCGAGUUCAGAAAAAAAGCUAGAUGAAUAUGUGGCUAGACAGCUCUUUGUGGAUGAGAACUACAAAUUCAUCUAUUGUGAGGUGCCAAAGGUAGGCUGUUCUAUCUGGAAGAAAAUUGUUUUGCUCCUCACACUCAACCUGAGCAGGGACGUCUUUGAAGUAAACCAAGAUGAGAUUCAUAAAACAAAUCUUCUAAAGCGGUUGAGUUCUUAUCCAUCCAAACAACAACAAGAACUUUUGAACUCCUUCACUAAAGUGAUGAUUACCAGACAUCCUCUAGAAAGACUGGUCUCUGCUUACAGAGACAAGUUCUUGCACCUUGAACCUUACUAUAGCAUCACAGUGGCCAAUGAGAUCAAAGCCUUGUUUAGGAAGAACAAAAACCUUACGGGGAAUGUAACUUUCCAAGAGUUUGUAAACUUUGUUGUGACACGCGAUACGAAGCAUUUGGAUAUACAUUGGAAGCCAAUGUUCCAGUUGUGUGAUCCCUGCAACAUUCACUAUGACAUUCUGGGAAAGUAUGAGACACUGGAUCAGGAUGUCAGUCAUGUUCUCAGCAGAAUCAAAGCUCCACAGAGGGUCCGUUAUCCAAACAGUAAGCUCUAUACGGAAAGGACAAACAAGGACAUCACCACCCAGUAUCUAAAAAAACUGAACUGGGACCAAAUACAGAAAAUCACGGAUGUUUAUCAGAUGGAUUUCUCUUUGUUUAAUUAUUCUUUUACUGUUCGAAUGGAAAUGUCAUUUUAGAGGUUAGUCAUACCUCUGUUUUCUGGAUUCCUACUUUUGGGAGUAAGGCAAGGAUUUGCUAGAAAAAAUACAUUUCCUUAGGUGGCAAUCUGUUCAUGAAUUGCCUCCUUAAAGAUGUUUACUUGGUACCUUCGCUGAUUUCAUUGAGAUGUCAAACAUUUUAUUUUAUUAUUCUGUAAAUUCUGUAAAUUUGAUUUUACUGAUAACUUGUUUUAUUUCAGCACAGUUUCUUUUGAAUGUAUUCAUAAAUAUAAUUUAAUUUUGAUGUAAGCUUUCUUGAAAACUUUCUUGGUGGAAAUGGAGAAAGAGAAUUUUAAAACUGCAGUCAACAGAAUCUUAUUUCACAUACUCACUUUAAACCACACAAGUAAUUUAAAAACUGCAGUUAUGCAAUAUAAUGAGAAUUGAAAAGCUUUGUGGAAAUCUUGCAACAAUUUGUAUAAUUACUGUUUCUUCCAUGAAUGAACUUGGUGUAUCUUUAUAAUGAGACUCUGAUUUCACACAAAUCCAAAUCAUAUUUAUAACAACAGUUAUAUUUCCUUUCUUCUUAAAAUGAUUUUUUAAAAUCUAUUCUGCUAGAAAAACCAACUCUCUCUAUUCAUUCUGUACCAAUGUUGGCUGACAGAGGCAUGAUUGUUUUUGUUAUUAAGAUUUCCUACAUAUGAUUUCCAGAUUUCCAAACCACCAGGUUCACUAUAUUAUAUUGUGUUUUUAUUUUGCUUCCUGUUGAUAUUGUGAGCCACCCAGAGUUGUUUUACAUUUAGGCAUCACGUGAUGCCUAAAUGUAAUACAUAAAUAAACCAUCAUUUUGGUAAUCAUUGUUUGUUGAAUAAACCAUAUUUUGCUGUUUAUUUACACAUCACACUAUACACUAUGCUAUACUACAAAUCAAAGCGUCUGGGUCUAUCCAUUGCACUAAGUAACAAAGAAGCAAACCGCAUCACAAUUUAAUGAGUUGCAUGAACCUUGACACUGAGCACUUGAAAUUUGUUUCCAGUUUAUGACUUGCAGAUUGUAUGUGACCAGCAUGCAAGAACACAUUGCUUUCACAAGCAUUCACUGGACUCUAUCUCUGUAUAUAUUUGAUGUUUCGUUUUCACAUUUUUGUUAUCGGAAUAUUAAUUUUGUGUUUCUGAAAAAUAAACCCACCUUGA